GGAUUUAUUUUUGGACUGCCAUGGCGUCUGUUCCUUCCAUUUGUAGGAAGGGGGGUCGAGUUGGGCUCAACAUGAACCUGCUGCUCUGACACUCUGGGCUGGGACAAGCAGGCAGCAACCGGCCGGCCGCCCCCCGAGCUGCAGUCGCACAGGGGAACCUGCCUGGAGCGCUUUGAACAUCAGCAACAAGUUUUUACCUGGGUGCUGAAGCGCUCAUGGCUGUCGCUUACGAUGCUGUCACCCAGCCGGGCCUGCUUUCCCAGCAGUACCCCCCACCCCUGCUGCCCAAGCCUGGAAAGGACAACGUUCGGCUUCAGAAACUCCUCAAGAGAACUGCCAAGAAAAAGGCCUCCACUCAGGCAUCGCAGUCCGCCGCACUUUUCCGCUCCAGCCUUUCCCCUGUGAACGAAGCAAGCCCUGACCUCGAGCACAGUGACCACUCCACACCACCCAGGACUCCAGAGACACCGUUCAACCUCUACAGCAGCCAGCAGCCUCCACGGUUCACCGUCAGGCCAUUGUAUCAACAUGUGGCGUCCCCUUACCCGCAGCGUGCAGCUUAUGGCAGAGCAGCAAGGUUCUCAACUCAGACAGUGGCAAUCCCGUCGUACUCUUACUCGCAGCAUGUUACCACAGUUUCUUCAUUUUCUGCAUCGGCCCACCUUUCUGGUGUCUCACCAGCUCCAGGGCCAAUCGUCCAGCUGGCGGUACCCAACAUCUCUCUGCCAGCUUUAUCUGUGACUGAGGCAACAGUACCAGCUGCUGAGGUGAAAAAACCAGCUUUAAGCACAUUUGCUGAAACUCAUGCCGGUCUUAGACCUGCUGCAGCUGUAGCAACCCCACAGCCAAAACCCACAAGUCCAGGUCCGACUCCUUAUCCAGCAACAGGGGGUCAAGCUUUGAUUCGUCCUCUCACUGUGUUGAGCCCGCUCGUAAAAUCCAAAAGUCCACGUCCAACAUUCAAAGCAACCGAACCUUCAAGAUCGCCCAAACCGAUGUUUGAAGUCCCUCAAAUUAGGAUGUACACAGCGAGCACAUCGUACUACGAGACAUCUAGGACCCCACCAGUGUAUGACUCAGUGGGAUUAACUGCUAUUGGCAGCACAGUACCUCAAAGCAAAACACCAACAGAAGCAAAACAAGAUUUGACUCCAGCAUCUGAGGUCAGAAGAGCUACGACACCGACGGCUCAGCCUCCUUUAUUGGGCACAGAUUCCCAGGUAAAAACACCAACUUCAGAAACUAAAAGAGGCACUACACCAACAGCAGAUAUAAAUACAAGCCUAACUCCUACAUCUGAAAUCAAAAGAACCACUCCAACAGCUGAAAUAAAAAGAGCAACCCCAACAGCUGAAAUCAAAAGAGCAACCCCAACAGCUGAAAUAAAAAGAGCAACCCCAACAUCUGAAAUCAAAAGAGCUACUCCAACAGCUGAAAUCAAAAGAGCAACCCCAACAUCUGAAAUCAAAAGAGCUACUCCAACAGCUGAAAUCAAAAGAGCAACCCCAACAGCUGAAAUAAAAAGAGCAACCCCAACAUCUGAAAUCAAAAGAGCUACUCCAAAAUCUGAAAUCAAACGAGCAACCCCAACAUCUGAAAUCAGAGUUAAAACACCAACUUAUGAAUUCCAAACAUUAAGAACUUCAGCAGGACGGCCUAAAACCCCAGCAUACCAUAUGACUCGGGCUACAACGCCCGUCUUUGAAAUCUCAAGACCCAAUCCUCUCUUGUUUGCAGUGUCGCCAAUCACAGUAGAGCCAGAGAGGUCAAGGACACCCAAAACAGUUUCUGCUGCAAGCAGUUCAUCUGCUUCCCAAAGUGUGAAGAUUACUGAGCCUAAGCCUACUGAAACAAUACUGAAUGGGGACAUUCAUUCAGACAUGACACCUGCUGCUAAACCAGUCCAACAAAGUAUUACAAAGUCAAAAUCAGAGCCUGAUCUGACAAGAGAAAAGAUCCCAACUGCUCCAGCUGCCUCCCAAACACUUAAAACGUCUACAUCUGAGCCAACAACACCAGCAGUGACUUCUUAUGGUUAUCAGAGGUCUACAACUCCAACAUACGAGGCAUCCCGACUUAUGACCACAUCACCUGGCUAUAAAAGACCAAAGACACCUACAUAUGGGACAUCAUCUUCUGGUGUAUCACCUGUAGCCCUUCAGAGACCUAAAACCCCAACCCAAGUGGCUCAAAAAUCUAAGUCUGCCUACCGUGGACUGACACCGGCUGAAUAUGCUGCUUACGGCGGAAUCAGAACUUUCUCUCCAGCAUUUGGUAUUUCCAGUUUUAAGACGCCAACUGAAGAGGAGGUUAAAGCUACAAAAGAGGAAUCAGCAGAAUGUAAAACAUCUAGCCACGAACCAUCCGUGAAGGCACAAGUUACAGCAGAGGUUUCUGAAGUCAAAGAAACCCCCAAAGACGUAGAUAAAACCCAUCUGAGAGACGAGAAGGUUGCCGCCACCCCCUCAGUCCCUAUUAUUAUUGUUUCACAAGCAUCUGACACCUCAGGAACAACGUUAAGACAAGAAACAAGUACGGUAUCCAGUCAGGUUGCAGCAAAACAAGAAAAAACGAUGAUUCAAGAAACACCAAAGGCUAAACCUCCAACAGUGGAGGGGAAAACACCUGUUCAAGAAGUCGCCAAACCAAAGGCAAAAACUCCUGAAGCCAAACAUCCUCAGCCCAAAGGUGACAAACAGGAUCCUCUGAAGGCAGUAAGAAAACUUUUAGGCAAAGAUAAAUUGCAGCCUGCCCAGCAGAAAUCAGGAACUGAGACAAAAAAUGAGGUCUCAGAUCAAAAAGAGCAAGCGAAACCUGUAGCUGCCAUCAAGACUAAAGCAGAAGGCUCAAAGCCAAGCACUGCAGCGCCUGCUCUGCCUGUUAAGACAUCUGCUGCUGAGUCAACAGGAAGUGAAGACAAAGGAAACGAUAAGAAAGCAGAAUCAGCAGUUAAAUCUGCAACUGAGAAAAAGGAAGGUGACGAAUCCUUCCCAGCAGCAGAGCCCCUUCUUAAAGUCAUACAAAAGCCAAAGGGAGUGAAAUCUAAAGUGAGCGGUUGGUCCCGACUCAAGAAGCACAUGGUGGUGGAGCAGGAGGAGCCUAAAUUUCCAGAGAUAGGCUCUCAGAAGGAGGCCACUGGGCAGGACCAGAGUGAGGUGAAAAAGGCCGACGAGAAGGCCGACGACAAACCUGGCACUCAGGUCGAGAACCAAACUAAAGACGCUCCCAAGGCAACAAAGAUGUGGGAUGCUGUCCUCUUCCAAAUGUUUUCCACUAAAGAGAACAUCAUGCACCAGAUCGAGUUAAACAAAAGCGAGAAGGAGAAGGAAGAAGAGAUAAAGGACGAGCUGAAAGAGAUCCCUUCAUUUGCACACCGACUGCCUGUGCUGCUUUUUAGUCCAAAGUUUGACGCUAAAAGGCUUAAAGAGGCGGCAUCGAGGCCGGUGACGAAAAUUUCAACUGUUUUUGAAAUGGGUCUGAUUGGGCGGAAAGGUAAAGACGAGGAACCAAAAGACUUUAAUAGAACAGCGAGGGGGUUCACUGCUACUUAAGCUAAUAUAAUAUAUAUAAUAUAAAUUGCCAAUAUGAAAAUGUAAAGAAAAAAGUUAUAUGUGUUUAAUGUACAGGUGCAGAAAUCUUAGCAACAGAAAUAAUGUACAGGUCUGGAAUCUUAGUCUCUGUGUUAAACGAAUGUAGUUUGUGGCAGUGUUGUAGAAAACUCAGCCGGAAAUUUAUACUUGACAAAUGCUUUGUGUUGUCUGGAUGUUAAAUGUUUGUAUUUGUGGAUUAGCUGGAAGGAGAGAGCUACAUUCGUCUUAAAGUCAUUCAGACAUCACAUCAGAUUAAAGCGUUUAUGUUUUAAGUAA